UGUAAACAUGGCGCUAUCCAAGUACACUUCCAACGAGACCGGAAUUCCAAAAUGGCAAAUUGCUCUCGCCGUAGGAGGAACUGUGGCUGCAACAGCUGGUAUAUAUUACUUCUUGAUCAGAGACUCCAGUAAAAAGGGAUCCCAAACCAAGACACAGUCGAAGAAAUCGAGAGAUUCGACUGUUAGUGGUGAGUCUCCCCCGAGCGAAGCAGAAUCCUCAGGAAAGGCAGACGAUGAUGCGAACUUGACACCAUUGGAGAAGGCUCAAGCAUGCAAGAACAAAGGCAAUAAGUACUUCAAAGGAGGGAAGUUUUCUGAGGCUAUCAAAUGUUAUGACCAAGCCAUAGAGAUGUGUCCACCUGAAAAUACUGUUGACUUGUCAACCUUCUACCAGAACAGGGCAGCUGCAUAUGAACAACAAAAAAAUUGGGAGUGUGUUCUCCGGGACUGCACUGCUGCCCUGGAGCUAAAUGAGAAAUAUGUUAAGGCACUGCAGAGGAGAGCCAAAGCAUGUGAGGUACUAAAAGACCUAGAACAAGCCCUAGAGGACCUAACAGCUGUGUGUAUAAUUGAAUCCUUCCAGAACCAGGCAACUUUGGUCAAUGUUGACAGAGUACUUAAAGAACUAGGUAAGAAGUUUUUAGAUAUUUAUUUUCUUGUUUUCUCUGCUUUUCAUUUUUUCUUCUAUUUGCAAUUUUUCAUCUUUCUCCAGCUCUUUGUCCUUCAUACCUUGUAUCAUUAACCCUUUCCCGACGGG